GGUGACAGCUCCAGGAAGCCGCCGGCGGUACCGGGAGACACAGAGCGGGGACAGCCCGCUGGGUGGCAGCUCCCAGCCGCCUCCGUCACCACGAAGCGAGCCCCGCCGACGGCCGCCAGCCCACUCGCCGCUGCCAUGGGCUCCCCGCAGCGCCCGCCGCUCGCCCACGUCUUCAGGGGGACCUUCGUGCACUCCAGCCCCGCCGCGCCCAUGGAGAUCCUCCACCGACACCUCCUGGGGGUGGACGAGAGCGGGACGAUUGUGUUUUUGGAACAAACUGAUCAGCAAGAGCAACUGGCUAAGAAGUGGGGAUUCAAAACGUCUGACAUAAGAGAACUGAGUAACCAUGAAUUCUUCAUGCCAGGAAUGGUUGAUACACACAUUCAUGCCCCUCAGUAUUCAUUUACUGGUACGAGAGUAGAUCUACCUCUUUUGCAGUGGUUGACUACCUACACUUUCCCAACAGAAGCCAAAUACAAAGACAGUGAUUUUGCAGAAGAAGUGUACACCAGAGUUGUUAGACGAACCCUAAAGAAUGGCACGACUACAGCUUGUUACUUUGCAACAAUUUACACAGAUACUUCUCUUCUCCUUGCUGAAAUUAUAGAUAAAUUUGGUCAACGAGCAUUUGUUGGAAAAGUCUGCAUGGAUAUGAAUGACAGUGUGCCACAAUACAAAGAGAUUACUGCUGAGUCUGUCCACGAGACAGAAAGGUUUGUUAAAGAACUACUGGAAAAAAAAUAUCCAAGAGUACAACCUGUAAUAACCCCCCGCUUUGGCCCUUCCUGCACAGAAGAUUUGCUGUGUGCACUUGGUGAUUUAGCACAGGCUCAUGAUCUCCUUGUGCAGAGUCACAUAAGUGAGAAUGAAGAAGAAGUCAAACUUGUGGAGAAUAUGUUUCCUGCCUACCAAAAUUACACUGAAUUGUAUGAUAAAAACAAGCUGCUUACUAGCAAGACGGUGAUGGCUCAUGCUUGUUAUCUUUCUGAAGAAGAGCUGAAACUUUUUAGUCUUCGUGGAGCUGCUAUUUCACAUUGCCCCAAUUCUAAUUUUUCGUUGCGCACUGGCGUCUUAAAUGUGAAAAAGGUCCUGAAACACAACGUGAAGCUUGGCCUUGGCACAGAUGUUGCUGGUGGAUAUUCAGCUUCUAUGCUUGAUGCCAUCAGGAAAACAAUGAUAGCAUCUAAUAGCCUUCAGAUCAAUAAAGUGAAUGAAACAGGACUAACUCUUGAAGAAGCUUUUCAACUAGCCACUCUAGGAGGAAGCCAAGCUCUAGGACUAGACGACGUGAUUGGAAACUUUGAGGUCGGGAAAGAAUUUGAUGCACUGCUAAUCAACACAAAGGCUUCAGACAGCCCUUUUGACUUGUUCUCUGCUGAUAAUUUUGAGGACACUCUCCAGAAGUUCCUGUAUCUAGGUGACGAUCGGAAUAUUUCUGAAGUGUAUGUGGCUGGAAAGCAAGUGGUUCCUUUUUCAAGUUCAGUAUAAAUUAAUUUCCUUUUUGCAAGUGCUCUGCUGAUCUUUCUGCAUCUGAUUUGGAAAAGAUUGGUUAAACACAGUGCCUGAUCAUCAGGAAUGACACAUAAUUUUUGUUUCAUGUUUCAAAAUUUGCAAACAUUGGAAAUUUUCUUAGAUAUUUCUAAAAUUACUUUACCAGAAUUGUCACAGUUCUAGAGGAAAUUAAUAUUUAAAUUUAUCUGUAAACAUCAUGUGUGUGCAUUGAUAAGGGAUUUGGUAAAUACCUUAGUUAAAUAGGACACCUGCUGUUCCUUUUAAUAAUAGUGUAAGAAGUAUUACGAAGAGUAAUGAGACUCUCAUUGUCUGUAAUGCAUCUGAAUUUAAAGAAAGCCAGUGCUAGUAAAUUGAUUUUUGAAGAUAAUUAAUAACAGGGCAGAAUGCAAUUUCCAUAAUAUUAUCACCAAGUGUGGAACAAUUGUUGACAUUUUGAGGCAUUUAGAACAUUUUUCAGUUUUCUUUAGGUGCUUUUUUAAAAGUAAUUAUCUCUUUUAUUUUUUUUUUUUAAGAGAAAUUACAGAAGAAGGGUGUAUUUAUGAAUAAAUAAGGGUCCUUUUUAUCAAAGAGUUCAGAUAUGUUGUUCGCAGUCAGAAGAGAACUGGUGGAAGAACCAAAUAAAAAAUGUGGCAUUAGUCAGAGGGAGGUGGGCUGGGAGAGUGGAAAGGCUGCAUCAUUCCAUGAUGUUGACAGCUGAAACUGCAUUUCUGCAGAUUUUCCAUCUAAGUCUAGAUCUUCCACCAGUUCCCUACCCACUGCAUUGAAUUACCUUCAGCUGAACCACAGCUGAAUGGAUCUUGUGUUAAAUCAGAAGCAGGCACUAAGAUAUCUGAGUGGGCUACUUGAUGGCAAAAAAAUGAAGAGGAUUUUCUGGAGUAGAGGCACUACUUCAUCUAGGUCAGCCUCCUGCAGAACCUUCCCAAGCUUGUUGGCUCCUGACUGCUCAGACAGGAUAUGAUGUCCCUUCUACUUUCUCUAAGGGAAGUGAGUAGGUUUAAAAAAAAUCCAAGAGAAAUGGGCUAUUUCUGGCCAGUACCACCUUUGGCUUGAGGCAGAAAUCCUUGCUGGAAAAAGCAGCUCAGCUUUACAGUGAUCUACUGUGUCUUUCAAUGUGACAAUCAAAAUUCUAGCUCUGUACAAUUCCAGGUAAAAAAAUGUGCCCUUUUUGCUUUGAAAUGUUGUAACACAACACAAAGGUUCUAAGCUUUAAUUUCAGCAUCAAUUGAGACAACAUUGUAUUGAGUUACUACAAACAUGCACUGAAUAUGGUUUUAAGGCCUGCUUCAAACUCCUUUGAUUUCACUAAGCUUUGUUUCACACUUUUAUCACAGUGCCUGGUCAUAUAAAGGCACAGAACUUUCCUCUGUUCACAAAACAAGGGAGGUCACUGCACCAAAGUCUCACUUCUUGUCUCAUUAUGAGAGUGUGCUUGGCCCAAUGUUGCUGAUAACUUUCUGAUUUUAAGGGGAUUUUCAGAGCUCACAUACCAUUAUGGUUAUGCAUACAUGAGCCAGUAUAGCAUCAAGUGGAAGUGUAAAGGCUAGCUCAGGCACUUAAAGCAGUACAGUCUUUUCAGUGUGUGUAGGUUUUUUUUUUUUUUUUUUGUUUCCUUGUGGUUUUUUUUUUUCAUUUGUUUAAUUUUGUUUUUUUGUGGGUUUUGUUUCUUUGUUUAUUUUUGUUUGUUUGUUUGUUUCUUUCUUUCUUUUACUGGAGCUGAGUAUCCCUGCUGAAGAGCAGAGGAUAUUUAUUGGCUUGCAGACACCACUCAUGGAGAGCCAGCUCAGGUGUCAUCACAGGGCACUGUACUAUGCUGUGUUUUUGCAAGUACAGCCUUUGUGUCCAAUUGGCUUUAGGAGUCAAGACUUAAUGAUUAGGCUUUCCACAUUCUAUCAGGGUGUUUUCUUAAACAUUUUGUUUUUCAUGUGUCCCGGUCUCCUACACAGUAGCACACUUGAUUGGCAAAUAGAAUCUUCAGCUCUUUAACUUGGUUUCCUGAUUCAGGGAGUAUAUUUCCUCAUGAAUUUUGACAGGAAUUUAACUGACCAAAUUUCACUUUCCAAAACCAAAGAUUUGUGAGACACAUUUCAAUCCUCCCAGUUACUGUUUGAAACUAUUUUUAGAGAUUUGCAUGGUUUUCGGCUUUGGUUUUCCUACAAGAAUGUUUUCUGGGGCAGAGAAAGAUUACACAGCCUUGUGUGCAAUAUGUGUUUGUGCUUAGCUUCACUUCCGGAGCUAUGAAUUAAAUCAACGCUUUUAUUUUAGUGGUAGUCUUAACUGUCUCUGCCUUUGUUGUUUCCCUACUAUUUUGUAGUGUUGUUAAGAAUGGGAUUCAGCAUUUCUUCUUAAUAGAUUCAUAGGGAAGGAGGUGUUGCUUAUUUGCAAACUGGAAAUUCAGAAAAACUUUAACAAGUCCAACACUAUACUGCUGGCCCAGUUAUAACGGGACUCCCUAGGAUAACUGCUGCCAAUGAGCUUUGUGUCUGAGUGUUGGCUGCAUCAUGAAUAAUUUGAUUCUUCUUAAAUUCAGGCACAAGGUAGGAACUCAGCCUUCUGAUUGCUUUCUGAUUACCUCUACUACUGUCUAGUGCUCAGACUUAAAAAAGGAGAGUCUGCUUUAAGAACUUCAGCUGGCAGAGGAGCUCUGUCUGCAGGUAGUGCUAUGGGCUGCCCACACCACCCUGCAGUGCCUGAGACCCGGAGGACCGAGGAUGACCAAGAUGGAUAGCGUUAGGCUAAACGCUGAGGUGCUUAGAAGGUAAAUGAAAGAAGCCUGAAUUUGGUGUGAGAGGAAGCCAGUGGAGGAAUUAAUAUAACAAGUAAACCAGGAGGUACUUUAAACAGCAACUGAAAUAGAAUUGAACAGAGAAAGACUGUAAUGACAGAAAAAAAGGUUGAAGUGGAAUUCUCUGAGGUAGUCCCAAAAGUUUGUUCAGUGGAAAAUGGCUUAGCCACAGAAAUUUUAAGGUUUUUAUGAGAUACAGAGAAUGUAGUAACCCAGCUUCUCUGAAGCAAUUUUGGAAAAGUCACUGAGGAUGGCACUGUUAAGUUUUGGUGCUUGUAACUCUGGUUAUGUGUAGAUUGCCAAGAUAACUUUGUGCAGCAUGGGAGGAUCAGUAGAUGAAAGAUGUUACUGCUGAGGCUCAUACCUCUGCACUAUAUGCAGCUUAAGACUACAUAUAGUCUGCUUGCUUGGAUGAAAGACACUUCUGCAUAUGCAGUUUGAAGCAGGUCAAAUAAUUCGUUUGGAUACUUAAUGUCUCUUUGGGAGGCUGGAGCAUAUUUGGCAUGCAGCUGGGCCUCCAGUGUAGUUUCCUCUAAAAUAAACGUAAUCCUUGCAUACCAAAGCCACCCUGCAUAUUGAAGAAGGAAGGAUGAUUGAGAAUUCAGUUCAGAACAGCACUAUUGUCUCAAACCAAAAUGUUAAUGGAGGCCAGCACUUGGACUAUUCCCCCUCCAUGCUCAUUGUCACAAAACUUAGUAGCUAAAGACAAAUUAAAGCAACCUCCUUUCCUCUUCUUUCCUCUUCCAAACAACAACAGGCAACCAGAUACUAAGGAGAGAUGAAUAAGUGAAAGAAAAGAAAGGGAUAAUUUUCAGUCAGUGUAAACUGACACACUGCUCCUGACUUAAGAUAAAACCUCUGGAGAAAUGUGCACACAACUGUUUCCAGAUGUCACUGCCAGUUAGUUCUCUUGCCAGAUUGUGGAUGAGAUCUUUGUUUCUUAAUGUGUCUUUGGGUUCAAUGUUAGCACACCAUUCAGUCAAAGAAAAUAAAACUGUAUUUUGUGGAAAUCUUGCUUAUUGGGACAAUAUGCUUAAUGUGCUCUAUGUUCAGAUGAUAACUUAUUUAUUAUAAAUGGAAUGUAUUUGAAUGACUGUUAUAUGUUGAUCUCAUUGUGUCACUUUAGGUUUUGAUUAUUAAUGAAAUGCUAGUAAGUAUCGCCUAUGCAUUAUGCAGCAUUAUUUGAAUUAUUCAUAUGUGGCAAGUGGAAUUCUGCACUUUAAAAUGCUGCCUUGGCCUCAUGUUUAUAUUUAUUCUGUGUUAUUUGUGCAAUCAAAAAGCUUCGAAGGGGAUAAAAUGUUUAUUUGUUCAUUAUACUGAAUAUUUUCAUUUUUGUAAGUGGAGUUUCUGUUAGAAACUAAGUAAUGUUAAAAUUACCCAGUUUAAACGUCUGUACUUGAUUAUACACUCUUGAAUGAAAAAAAUUAUUAUGGUUUUAUGAAAGCAAACAUGAAUAGUAAUGUUUUUAUUUAAAAAUGUUUACAGAGAAAUAGAUUUUUUUAAAAAAUGUAAUCAUGAUUAUACAAUGCAGAUUAGCAGAAGGUGAUAAUUCUUGCUAAAUAUCUACUGUUCUGCUGAGCAAAGGAGAAUGAAACUGGUUUUGAUUAUACACUUUAAAAGUAUUUGUGAGUCUUGGAAAAAAAAAAGCCCAAGUUCUUUCAAAGAAUACCAGAGUCUUAGAAGGAGACGAUAUUGACAACAUUACGCAGUCAAGCUGUUUAAAAAUAUUGUUUUAAACAUUUCCAGGGACGAUCCAUAACAGAUGUUAAGGUGGACAGCUUUUAAAGUACUGGAUUUGUUUGAAUAAAUGGUGCUGCCUUAUCUGCAACCUUGUGUGUAGCAGUGAUCAAGUAAUCUCUAAAAUGACAGUGUACAAGUAGGAGGCAUCUUAAAAAAAGCCAAGGGAUUUUGAAAAUUUGAGAAAGAGCUGGGGAAAAAAAUGCAUUUGAAAAGAGGUUUGAAAAGGGUGGUACCAGAAUACAAAAUAACGCAAAGUAGAAAGAAGCUAGGUCAGAGGAACUCAUAAAAAUAAGAUAUCAUGUCGAUUAAGUUUUAGGUGAGAAAUGCUCAGAAAAGAAAAUCUGCUUUCAGGCAGUGUUCUGUUAAAUCACAGACCUCAUUCUUCUGAAAGUCACUGAGGCCCAACAACUGUGCAGAUUUCCAAUGCAGUUACUUACAUGCUUAAUAAUACAUGCCUAAAAUAUCAUAGCUAAUCAUAACAUAAUAAUAUAGCACUUUUCAACCUCUCAACCUCUACUUCAGUAUUUAAAUCAAAAUUACCUGUAACAACUCCAGAAGAAAUCUAACUCAAGGGCAUGUUGUGCGUUAUCUCCAUGUGUCCUACGAAACAUUUGGCACUGGCCAGGACAGAAACUGAACUAAUCUAGCCCCGGGGAAGAAUCUCUGCUCCUGCAUGCCCCAAACGUCAUCCCCAGUCAUGUGCCUGGUGGCACAAUGAUGACUAAGUCCGACAGGGGAAGACGAGCACCUGGUGUGAUUACAGUAACUGAAAAUAAGCUAUAUUACAAAUCAGAUUGUUUUGAAGUUAAGCACACUGGAGAGGACACGGCGUGUUUUAAAUUACACAAGCAUAGGACUAAUAGUGAACUUCUGGGUAUUAGGAUCUUUGGCUUAAAGUUGGAGAUUUUUAAGCCCUUGUACUCUAUGUGCAACAGCUUGUGCUUCUCUGAACAAGGAAGCCAGCAAAUGACAUCUGCACUGCUCACUAUACAAAAACAACAGCAGCAAAAAUCAUUCUUGGGAAGCCAAGAGGACAUCAGCAACAUCAAAAACAAUCUGUUUUGUGAAGUUAAUAGAACUGUUAGUUUUUCUCAAAAGGUUGAGCAAUACUUUUGGAGGGCAGUUUCCUGGAAAUAUCAGUGGAAAUACUUUCUUGGAAAAUGUCCGGAAUCGGAGUGUGCUUUGACCGAUGGGGUCCCCUGUGGCUUCUGCAGAGGCAGCCACUCCUGUAGAAGUGAAUGCAAUAGUCAUGCCUAGACUCGCACUUCCUCCCCUGGUCAGGGCUUAGAAUUGUGUAUUUGCUUUAAUUCUGGAUUUAGUUUGUGGUCACUCAUACCCUUGUUUUUAUUUGAAAAUAACUAUGCUGAAUUAGUAGAGCUGGGAGAAGGAUAAGGCUAAAAGGCAGUCUCAACACCUGCCUGCCUAACAUUUCAACUCAAAAGAUUUGUCCCCAAGGUAGAUGUUGUUAUAUUUGCACAGCUCUUCAACUCGGUGAUUUGGCUUAAUGACUUGUGGCAGCUGGUAACAAUUAAACCCAGGCAAGCCCCGGAAGUAAACUGUGAGCAGCUGAUAAAAAGAGUGUGCCUAGGUGCAUUUAGGUACAAAAACUCCCUGAAGAUGAGUCUCCAGUAGAAGAGACCAGUGUUAGUGACAACUGAAGGCUUUGGUCUCUUGUAUUCUGUCUGGCCUUGUAGCUUCAGAGCUGGGUUGUGUGUUCCUUUAGCAGCUUUUUCUGAUGAAGCUUUUUAAAAAGCACUUGCAUAUACUCCUUGGCUGAGGGAGAUUGCAGCCCUUGCUUCAAGACAAGCCUUCUUUCCUCAAAGGAGGGUUCACAUCUCACUGGAGUAAGCUUUUCUGAUCCUGGCCCUUGGUUUUAUUCGCAUGUCUCCUGUUGUGCAUAGGCUCUGGUUCGUUUGUGAAAAAUGCUUAACUGGAGUUAACAUUGUUGAAUUUAUCCUUCCUGUUGUACUCGUGUAGUUUCAAGGAAGAACAAUGUAUUAGGAAAAAUGGCAUAUGUGAUAUCCACUGUUCUCCUUGGAUUUGAUCGUGUUAAAUGGGAACUCAUGUACUGUUGAAACAAAAUAAAGAGGCCUUGUGUUUACAGUAA